AUGAAGGGGCGGAGGGCCUGCGAGCUGUGCAAGGGCGGCGCCGCCGUCUACUGCGAGGCGGACGCGGCUUUCCUCUGCUGGCCCUGCGACGCCCACGUCCACGGCGCCAACUUCCUCGUCGCCCGCCACCUCCGCCGUAUCGCCUGCGCCGAAUGCCACGCCCUCGACGACGCCCGCGUCCUCUUCGGCGCAGGAUCCCCCCCGAUCCACUCCCUCUGCCUCUCCUGCCGCCGCGCCACCGGUCCCUCCUCCUCCGACGACGCCUCCUCGUCGGACUCCUCUUGCGUCUCCACCGCCGAGUCGGCGGCCCCCGAAUCGGCCCGGAGGGGUGCGGCGGCGGAGGAAGGUGUUCUGAUAAAUUGGAGCCGGAGGAUGGGGCUGGCGGAGCAACGCGCGAGGCGGUGCGCGGCGGUGGCGGCGCGCGUGCUGCGCGCGUGCUCGGGUAAGAAGACGGUUACGACCCUCUGGGUUAGUCUGGCGGCCGCGCUUUGGUUCGCCGUGAAGCGGUGCGGCGACGGAGGUCGCCCGUGCGAAGGGGCGAGUCUGAGGACAUUGGAAGCGUGUGCUGGUGUGCCCGCGAAGCUUAUCGUUAUCGCCGAGUCGAGACUCGCUCGUGCCGCGAGGCGAGCCCGAGGCGGCAAGGAGCAGGAGGGAUGGGCCGAGUGCUGGUGA